CGAUCUAUUCUCCGAACGCUGUCGAUAACUAACCUUACUUAUCCAGUCCGAUUCGUAACCGAGACCGUUCGAGCUUCGGAAAAAAGUGAUUCGUCGUGUUGACAUGAAAACCAAUAUGCCGGACGUUAAGCAGGAAACGGGUAAAAUCGAAGACCUCCGGGGGUUGUUAAAACAAGGUUUGAGAUCGAGAGUGUGUCAAGAGCACGGCGAGCAGGAUUGUCCGAGUGAAAAUGAACACGAGUUCGACUCGCUGGAGUAUGAGGAAGAUGUUUAUUACUCAAAUCUGACGGCAACCCCGAGCUUCGAUGACAUCGAUGAGCUGAGUGACGAUGCCGACGAAAUUGUGGUUCAUUGCUGGCGGGAUUCGAACGGUGAUAUAGACGAGAUCGUAGUGGACGACGCGAAUUUGUCGGUGGAAACACAGUUUUUAACGUCUGACAGCGAAGACGGCGCCACUGGUCGCGGUCGGAAGAAAAAGAAAUCGGUUCGAGUGAUAUUCCAGGACUUCUCGAAACCGUAUCUGGCCAAGAUCAGUAACAGUCAGAAUUACAAGAAGUUCCUCGAAUUGGUAAAAGGAGAAGACGCUAACCUUCACUCGUCUGGUUAUAUCUCGCCAACGUCGGAUAACGUGGUGAACGAGCUGCAAGGACUUUCAAUAGAGGAGCAAAAUCGUCAAAAGGAGGAAUGGAGCGCGGAAUUGGCCAAAGUGGAGGAGGAGAUUCAGACCCUGAGGCACGUGCUGGCGAACAAGAUCAGAGUCUCUCAAGACCUGAAGAGGAAGCUGGGCAUCAGCGUUUGGAAGGAGAUCACCGAUGACGUGAAUCAGGGCUUCAAAAACGUUAAGGAGAGUCAAGUUUAUCAGAACAUCGGCGAGAAACUCGGUCAGUUCACCAAGGCGGUCUCCGAGAACACUUUAUUCCAAAAGACAGAGUCUGUGUUCAAGACCACGGCUGAGAAGACCACCAGCAUUCUUGGAGGAUUUGGAAGUGGAUUAUCCAUGAAGCUUGGCCAGAUGCGCAACUCUGACAGUUUUCGUUCCUUGGAAGAACGAGUUGGCUCUGCCUAUGAAAACAUGAAGACGAAAGUCGUGCCUUCAAGAUCCAGCUCAAUGCAGAGUUUCAACGACAUACUUCGAGACUCCGAAUCGUUACGCUCAGCACCAUCAGCAACCAGCCCGACCAUCCCGGAAGACAAGCUCCUCUCUUAGAGUUGGGCCUCUCGAGUCUACAUCGAUUUCUGCCUCUUCUCUGCGUAACAUGCUGACGCGUCGAUUUCUGAUGCCGACGUUUCGCCCUAUGCUACUCACUAUCACUUCUCACUGCGUAUUGCUAUUAAUCAGGGCUAUGCGAUGUCGUAUACAUAUUCGGUCGUCUAUAAUAAGAAAAAAGAAAAAAGAAAAAGAAAAAAAAAAUAUAAAUCACUUAUGGAAAAGAGUGACGAAAGUUGGCUUUGCAGAACUCGGUCAAUAUGGUACAACGACUCGGAUGAUUUGUGUAUUUUGAAUAUCUCUUCGUGUGCACAAACCUAUGUAGGACAUUGAACAUUGUUAAAAUUAGAGUUGUAACUUGAUUCUUCUUUGUGACUUUAUAAGUUUCACGAUGGGUUUGUUGAAGCGAGAGAUAAUUUACGAUUUCAUUUUUUCUUUUUUUUAUAUAUAUAUAUGUAUUGAUUAUAAAUGAUUACUGAACUCGUGUACAACGCAAGAAAAAACAUUCUAUUGAUUUUUAAUGCGUCGUGACAUUUUUAUUUUUUUUUCUUCGUUCAAAUUUCUUCUUCUUCUCUUUUUGAAAAAAAGGUGCAGGAUUUUUAUGUUAGUCAACGCGCAUAGUUAGUAUUUGUGAUGCUUGUCAGCGUUGUGUAUCUGGAUUUUACGUUUCCCCAAAUCAAGGUCAUGUUACUCAAGAAGAUGGCAAUUGAUUUCCUUACUUUAUCGAACUUAUUUGCACUAUAGCGAGUUUUGUAACGUAUAAUAUAAUAUAUCGUUGAUACGUACCUUAAUGUUCAGCGUUUCAACCUGUUUUUGCACCACAAAUUCGUGAAAGUAGGCACACACGCUUUGAAUAGAUAUUUUACUCUGGUGGCGUUUUUCUCGCAUAUCCUUUUCGGGAUAUCGAUAAUCUUACAUCAGAAACGGUAAAUCGAUGUAUUCCUAUGACAUACAUUUCUGACUAUCAGUGUUCUUCAGUAAGACUCGUGCUUCGACAAUACUAUCUAUUUUUGUGUGGUACAAGAGGAUCAAUCUCUCUAAAAAAAAAAAAAGAAAAGAAAAAAACAAUUCGAAUUCUUGCAAUAACGUUCAUAGAGAUUUCAGGAUUAAUUUACGCGGGACACAGGUGGCCGCCAUUACUUUUCUGUUUAUUGAAUUUAUUUCAAAUAUACCACUAAAGUAUUUAUCAUUGUACGUUACUAUAUGUCGUUAUAACUAUAUUAUAAAACAUUCUAUAACUUGUUGCACUUAAUUGAAAAUAAUGUCGAUCUUAGUAAAUGAAGCUACUAUAGCAAUCACGAACACGACAAUUUAUUCGAAUCGGAUCGUUCUAAGAAUUAAACGUAAAUUCUAACCUAACCUUGUUAUGUAAUGAUCAGAUUCUUAUCGUCGAUGUACUUUAAUGUGUAUUAACAAGGAUUGUUUUCGUCUAAAAGAGUUUAUGAAGAUUGUAAAGAUGGUUUGGAACAGUAGUCAAUGGAAGAACGAGGCUCCCCGUGUUCCGUGAUCAUUGAGCCUUAUGAAUGACUUUAUAAAAACGCGUGUAAGACCGAUCUAACUGCAAAUUGACUAGGAAAGCGAAGAAUAUUUUUUACUAAGCUCUAUAAUGAAAUUACGUGGCGCGGAUGUGCGGUGACCAAGAGCGCGUUUGCUUAUUUUACAGAUUCGUUAACUUAAAGAAUCAAACACAACAUAUAAGUACAUAUUCACAUACACACAUGCAUUUUUUUUGCAUAUUUAACGAGCUAUCUGUCAUUGAAUUUAAUCACUACGAAUGUGUCGUAAAUCUGCGCUCAUAUCGUCAUCGACAACCUGCUACAUGAUCUACUUGUUCAUAUUGGUGAAUAAAUUAUUUUAAAAAAUGCUACACGUGAAGAGCGAUUUUUCACCCA